AAACAAUAAUUUCGUUUUUCAUAUUGGUUUCAACAUUCAAAUUUUAACUGUUGUUAUUGUUGUCAAAAUAAUCUCCCAUACUAGAGCUCUUCAAACCGGUGGUAUAAAUUUCGGUCAUGGGGACUGUUCAUGCAAAGGCUCCUUCAACAGCUGAUCCCCAACCUAAAGGAAUCAAGACUUCACAAUCAUGGCCAGCAGAAAGAAAAAAAGAAGAAAUGUUUGUAAAUUUUGAUAAACUACCUGUGAGAGUACAGCGUGUUGUUGUUGAUGGUCUUACUCGAACCAAAGAUGACACAAUCAUCAAAGAAAUCAAACCAUUACUUGCUGCUAAAACAUUUGAUGAGCUUGUUCAGCUUAGUUAUAAAGCCAAAGUUAAAAUGGAGCGACUUGGAUUGUUUAAAAAUGUUGUCAUUGCCAUUGAUGUCAGCAAAGAUAAGCGAGAGAAUGGUUAUGAGGUUUUGUUUGAAGUCCAAGAAUUCAGGAGGGUGGAUGGUGGUAUCUAUACAUCCAUCAGCAACAAUGAUGGAAGCCUGGACUUUCAAGUAAAGAUGCCUAAUAUGUUUGGAAGAGGGGAACGCUUUAGUUUAGACUACACUGUGGGGACUAAGAAAACGCAUGGUUACAGUGCCUAUUUUAAAAAACCUCUCAACAACAACCCUGACAUGUUCUUCGGCAGCACAGCUUUCCAGUUCCAUGGUGAAUACCCAUGGAGUGGUUACAAACAAACAGACAGAGGAAUAGCAUUUGAUCUCACUUUCCCGACUUUCUUGGGUUCACACAACUUACAGUGGGAGGGGGUCUGGAGAGAGCUGAAGGCAUUAUCAAGGGAAACGUCAUUCUCAGUACGUGAACAGGCUGGGCAUUCACUCAAAUCUAGUUUAAAGCAUACGUUUUCAAUCGACACCCGUGACGAUCCAAUUUUGCCCACUACUGGUGCUCUAUGGCAGACUAGCCAGGAAUAUGCUGGACUUGGUGGUAAUGUAGAGUUUGCCAAACAGGACGGAACUUUUCAGUGGAACUUUUCUCUUCCUUUUAGCACGAUAUUUCAAGUUUCAUUAGCUGGGGGUAUUAUGAGAACUUUAGAUCCAAGGGCAUCAAUUUCUAUUAGUGACAAAUUCUUUUUGGGCGGCCCUUUGACCUUAAGAGGGUUCAACAUGAGAGGGUGUGGCCCUCACAGUCAUGAAAAUGCGCUUGGAGCUGAAUCUUACUGGCUAGCUGCUGCACAUAUCUACAGUCCACUGCCAUUUAGACCAGGAAAGGGCAAGUUUGGUGACCUCUUCAAAACCCAUUUCUUUGUCAAUGCUGGGAAUCUUGGCAAUGUCGACUUCAACAACUUGACCCAUUCAUUUCAAAACCUGGCCACAUCACUAAGAUGGUCCUACGGGCUUGGGGUUGUGUUGUGCAUGGGGAGGAACGCACGUCUGGAACUUAAUUAUGUUAUACCAAUGAGGAUACAGAAAGGUGACAAAGCUAACCCAGGUAUACAAUUUGGCAUAGGCAUCCAGUUCUUAUAGACCAGCUGUUAGUGACCAUAUGCUCUCCCAAAGUGCUGUAACACAUUUCACCUGCACUGACCUGUCUCAGGUGGAGGUGGACGCUACUUACCAUAGUUAAUGGAAGGUAUAAUUCUUGUUAGAACAUUUUUGAAAAGAAUACUUUACAUAAAUUCUCUAAUCAACAAAAAAAUGAAAAUGAUUUCCAUUACAUAUUUUUUUAAAUCAUAGUUUAAAAUUUUAAUACUGCAGCAAAUGCUUGUUUAUUCACAAUAAAUUUUGAAGUGUACAGAAUGUCAGAAUGACUUUUCACACAGACAAGUCUUGACUGUUACAAAAUAUGGUAGUGAUUGAAAAAGUAUGACUGUUCCAAUAAAUGCUGUAUGUGUGGAAUAUUUGAGCUCCCCUUCCUUCAAGUUCCAAGAUUCCAAUCUAAUGUUGAGAGUGAGUGACCACAAGGAAUGCUAAAAUAGAAUUUGGUUGACAGACUCUUAUGAUUGUAGAAGCUAAUUUAUACUGCCAGGAACUACUUGUUUUAAUCUGUCCUUAAAACUUCUUCCGUAUGAUAUACAAUGUAUAUUGCAGAUAAAAUGUUUUCAAAUUAAACUAGCUGUUAAACAC